AUGCUCAUCAGUAUGCUGGACCACCAGCUGAAGGGCGGAGACUACAGCAGUGCUCUUCUCAGCGCUCUCGCGGUGAUAGGGAUUGCUGAGAAUAGCAGCUGGGUCCAGAUCACAGACUACAUAACGAAGUACUCAGCUGUCAUUAAGAUAGCGCGCAUAUUAGUGAUCCAUCAGGCAUACACCAAGCGUAACGAUAAGGUUGCUGAGCUGGAAAGGUCUCUGGGGAAAGAUGAAGUAGAGGAUAUAGCGCAGAACGUAUAG